UGGGCCCCAAGUCUGCUAUUUUUUAUAAAUUCGUCAUUCCAACACGAUCCCAUUGUCAUUUUGAUAAAAGUUUGUAAUCUGCUAAAUUCAUAAUGGUCGAUCAGUGGUCGGUCAGUGGUCUCGUAAUGGAAUCGUGGCAGAAUGACAUUGUCGUAUUGCCAUUAUUAUAAAACCCGGUAGUAGAAAUGAUUUUCGAAAAACUACUACUAAAUUUUAACAUUUACUCAUGCCAGAUUUCAUUUUUAAACAUUUUUACAUAUUAUUUAAUAAUGUUAUAAGCAAUCUGAAGUAGUAAGAAGUUCGUAAAUAGCAAAAACAUUAAAAUGUGUAACGCGGAUAAAAGUGAAACUCAAUAAUGUUUUAUCUGUUUAGCUGUCAAAGUCAAAUGUGACAUUACUACUUGUUUACAAUUCUAGCGGCCGGUGUUUAGCUAUUUAUUUUCAUUGUGUUUUAUUUAUUUAUAAUAUUGAAAAAUGGUGCUAAUAGAGCAAAUUUCGGCUCUAAUUGAUUUUUUGGAAAACCACCAAGACCUGGCGCUUGGCUACUGCAGCCGCACCAAUGAAGGGCGAAGUUUAAGCAAAAGAUAUUGGAUGGAAUGCGCCCAAAUUUUAAAUUCCAUAUCGGUGGACUGCCCCAAUAAAACUCCCGCAGAAUGGCGCACAUUCUACAAUGAAUACAAAAGCAAAACCUUAAAGAAAAUUAAAUCACAGAAGAGUGAAAUAAGUGCAACAGGUGGUGGUCCUGCAAAAAAAAUAUCAUUAACCCCACUCCAAGAGCGCUUAUACUCAAUAUUAGGGCGAGAUGUAGGAGAGCCACUUCCAGGUGUCCGACACAACCCACUCACUUCUGUCAACAAGAGCCUGCUGCAGUGCCCGACCUUCAAGAAGAUCCCGGUUCACCCUUCGAUGGUCUUGAUAAUUAGGUGCUGCAUAAUUAUUUUCCUCCUAAAUUAAAAGACUGAUUAGUGAUUAUCAUGUUAUUCUUUUUAUUAUAAUAAUAUAAGGUGAAAUUUGUGUUUAUUAAAAUAUUGAAGAUGUUUAUAUUUUGUAUGAAGACUGAUUAUUGAUUUCUUAUUAUUAUUACAACUUGAUAUUGUAACUUGGAUUUUAUAAUUUAAAUGACAAAAUGUCUUUUUGGUUUUAAUAUAGUAUAUAUCUAUAGAUAAGUAUCAGAUUUUUCAAUUGGUUUGAAAGUCUAGUUUAAUAUUAUAAAAUAAAUAUUUAGUUUAUGAGAAAUAAAAAGUAUUUUAAAUGUUGAUUUUUUAACAUAGUAGUUUUAUUUAAAAUUUCAACUUCAUUAUAUUUCAAAAUAGUGGAAUAGAGAUCACAUACCUGUUGCAAGCGGAGUGCUUC